AUGAUCGGGCUAAGGAGCGCCACCAGAUGGCUCAGUGUUUUCUUAGCUGUGAGCAUCCUGACAACCCCUGCAGUGGUUGCUCAGGAAGAGGAACAAGUGAACGAGACCACAGCGAUGACACCCACAAAACUGGUUCCCUUGGAAGAGUGCUGUGCUGCAUGUCCAGCCGGAUUGUUGACAGAUGCCGUCACCACCGAAACUGAACGCCCGCUUCGCAUCUUAUCUUACGAUGCAGGCUUGGAUCUGAUGGGCAUGGAAAAAGCUGCCAAAUCGUACUAUGAAAAAACGGGUACCCGCAUCGUGUUUGAUCUCAUCGAGGACUUUCUGGGAGUCUACGACGAGAUUCGGUCGCAGGCGGAAUCCAAAUUGCCUCUAUAUGACGGAUACAUUUGUGGACCUGCCAUUGUGGGGUCGGCUACUCAGCUGGACGGGUGGCAGGACUUGACAGAUGUUGUACGAGACACUGUGGAUUUGAAGUGGCUCGAUGUGUUCCGGGCCUUUAGAGAAAAUGUGGCUGUGUACGACAACAAGGUCCGAAUGUUCCCUCUGGAUGGAGAUGCACACUUUAUGUACUACCGAGCGGACGUUCUGGAGGCUUUUGGGCUUGACGUACCAAGAACGUGGGAAGAGUACUGGCAAGUUGCGGCCGCAAUUCAUGGGAAGGAGUUCAAUAACCAAACAAUGGUUGGAUCUUGCGUUGGAAGAAAGCUGGGAGGACAGACUAGUUAUUGGAUCAGUCUCGUCUUGGCGAGUUAUACUCAAACGAAUGGACCUACUCAGGGAUUCAUCCUUGACUCCAACGACAUGGAACCCCUCAUGGGGGAAGCGAUGGCGGAAGCUCUCAAGAUGACAGAACUUCAGGCCAAGUAUGGUGAUCCGACCGAAUUCGAAUACGCUGGAGGCGGAGAUCUUGCCUCGAUCAACAUCAAUGCCAUGAAUUAUGGAUACUGUGCAUUGACCUAUAACUGGGGUGAUUCCUACAAGGUCAGUCAUACCUUGGAGCCACCCAGCCAAGUUGCAGGUUUGAUGAAGGUCGCCCCUACUCCUGGGACCACCAAGGUAUACAACAGAAAGACCAAGAAGUUAGAUCCUUGCAAUGAAGAGAACUGUGGUGGACUGGGGGGGCUCUACUAUGAUGAUAUUGGUUGGGUCAAUAGGGCGUCUUAUCUGGCUUUUGGGGGCUGGUCAGCUGCCGUCAACAACAACAUUGAUGAUUCGCAAAAGCAGAGAAUCAUCGAUUUCUUUGUGUACAUGUGCUCUCCCGAGAUUUCCACCCAGGCGGCAGUACCGUUGGCCAAUGCCUCUCGAUUGGAGGGGAAUGGUGUGAAUCCGUUUCGCGCUUCCCACGUCGAUGUCCAGAAAUGGGUCGAUCAAGGAUAUGAGCGAUCUUCGGCGGAAUCCUACAGGGCAGCCGUCGUGGACACUCUCUCCAGUCCAAAUGCAGCCUACGACAUGCGCUUUGCUGGGGCCGAUCUCAUCUUUAGCGCGUUAGAGGAAGAAGUAUACAGCUAUUUGGAAAGGGCCAUUCUUUUGGACAAUUUGCCGGAUGAUGAAGAUGAGAGGCACUUGACUCGUAUGGAAGUGGCCGAGAAACUUGAAAUGAGGUUUCGGGAGAUUAUUUUGCUCGAGAAUGACAAACCCGAGACAUUGGUCCCAGUGCUGGAACAGUACCAGCGUGAUCUGGGCAUAUACAAGCCGCCUAGCGAUGACAACAAAAACGAAAAGAUUCUUGCUACCGUGAUUCCGAUUGUUGUGGCUAUACUGGUCGGAGCGGCCUUGCUCGUGUACUUUUUGAAGCCCAAGAGCGAAAAUGACUCUGUCUGGCAAUUGAAAAAGGAAGAGCUCAUUUUCGCCGACCCAGAAGAGAUUAUUGGAAUUGGUACCUUCGGUCAAGUGCUCUUGGCUGAGUAUAGAGGAACACAAGUAGCCGUAAAGAAGGUCCUUCCGCCUAGGACCCCCAAGAAGGUUAACGCCGAUGAAUUUGUUGACGAGGACAAGAACAACUUGGAGCGACCUGAGACCGCGGCAGUCGUCUCAGGCAUGUCUUCAAUAAGUCUUGAUGCAAUGAGGUCAAUGGCGUCUGGCCUUGGUGAAUUUAGCUACAAUCACAACAAACUCAGACAAGACUUCAUCAAGGAAAUGCGUCACAUCAGUAAAUUGCGCCAUCCAUGUAUUACGACGGUGAUGGGUGCUGUCAUUUGUCCGAAUGAAGAGCCGAUGCUCAUCAUGGAAUACAUGGAAUUUGGUUCCCUACAUGAUUUGCUCCACAACCAGAGUAUGAUACUUGACGGAGAGAUUAUGCUUCCAAUGCUGCGGGAUAUUACCCAGGGAUGUCGCUUCCUCCAUGCUGCGGACCCCCCAGUUAUCCAUGGAGAUCUUAAGUGUGCCAACAUUCUCGUAGAUUCUAAGUUCCGGGCAAAAGUUGCGGAUUUUGGUCUGUCUCAAAAGAAGCAAAUGGGCGCCACUGGAACGCCGUUUUGGAUGGCGCCAGAGUUGCUGAGACAAGAGAGUGCCAACACUGUCUCCAGUGAUGUCUUCUCAUUUGGCAUCAUGUUGUACGAGGUAUUUUCCAGAAAGGACCCGUACGAGGGAGAAGACGCUCAAGAAGUUUUGAAGAAGGUUGCUGAUCCAAAAGUUCACAAGCGGCCACCCGUCCCAAAGGAGUGUCCUCCUCAGCUGGCUGCGCUCAAGUGUGACUGUCUUUGUGAAGAUCCGGAAGAAAGGCCUUCUUUUGAAGAGCUGGACAAGCGACUUAAGCGAAUCGACGUCGAAACAACGGCACCCGGUGACAAGAAAGACCGCACAACUGUGUCACUGUUUGAUAUUUUCCCCAAACACAUCGCCGAGGCACUGCGUGAUGGAAAGCAGGUAGAGGCAGAACACAAAGAUGUCGUGACAAUAUUCUUUUCUGAUAUUGUUGGCUUCACCCAGCUUUCAUCUACAAUGGAUCCAAGGAAGGUUGCUAAAAUGCUGGACCGACUGUAUCAGAAACUUGAUACUCUCUCUCACGAGCACGAUAUCUUCAAGGUAGAAACAAUUGGUGAUGCCUACAUGGCAGUUACCAACCUCGUGAAGGAUCAGUCCACAAAUCAUGCAAUCCGAAUUGCAGAGUUUGCUGUAGAUGCCAUUCAAGCUGCCAAUGAAACCUUGAUUGACGAAGAUGCUCCUGAGAAGGGUCGUGUGAAUAUUCGGGUGGGUUUCCACAGUGGCAGUGUUGUUGCUGAUGUGGUUGGUACACGUAAUCCAAGGUAUUGUUUAUUUGGUGAUACGGUGAACACGGCAUCGCGAAUGGAGAGUAACUCCUUGAUGAAUUGUAUUCAUUGUUCCAACGAAUCCGCAGAAAUCCUAAAAGAACAGAAUUUCAAAUACCCCAUGGUAUCCCGCGGCAAGAUCAAGAUCAAGGGCAAGGGCGAAAUGCAUACCUGGUGGUGCAACCAAGAAACGGCACCACCGUACCGGUAGGCCCCGUCGAAGAGAACGUCCCAUUUCGCGUCUUCAGAGAUACAUGCGCUGCGGUACAAGUGCUGUUCUCCCAUCAAACUACUCUCUCCCUGCCAGUAUCAUUGGUUCAACGUGAAAGCAAACUCCAAAAAUUUAUUUAAACCAUUAUUUUACUAUC